ACGUUAAGAUUUAACAAAUGGAAGCAAAGGCUCCGUGUCACACUUUAAAUAUGCAGCCACUGCCAAAGCGCUGGUGGUAUUACAUGCUGUAAUCUGGCAUUCACACCUCUCCCCCCCUCCACCCCCCAUUCAUUGAUGGUGCAUUUCUUCCCUGAUACAGGCGGUGUGCUGCGAUGCAUUUAACAUCAAUCACAUGCGGUGUACGGGGCGCAUACAGUCCUCCGUCUAUCAGCUGGAAAGUACUCUCGCCUCGGGUGUGGGAUGUGUGCUCCUCCGCUCUAUUAUCCCGUAAAAAUCUGAUCCACUCAUCGCAGGAGCCGUCUUGGUGAGUGGCCCUACUGGACUUGGCAUUUAUUCCCCAUUCGCACAGAGCCUAAAGUUGGGACUUGAGACUUUCAGCACCACUUUUCCGCGGACAGCGCUCGCAAUGAUUUGGGGCGAUCGACGCAGCCUCGAAAUGCGUGUGGGUUCCUUUUGGAUACUAUUCACAAACAAUGUUUAGAUGUUGAUUUUUCCUUUUUUUUAAAUUUUUUUUUUAAAAGCCAGAAUUGCUCAGGAAAUCCUUCUUCCACAGAAUUGAUAGACUCAACAAGAUACGAUUUUGCUUUGGAUAUGGGUCACUUCUUAUAAAAGGAUUCUUCGUGGAUAGGUGAUAGGGAUUCAGUAGACAUGAAGGAACAUUGGAAUUCAUUUGGAGUCCUGUUCUGGCCACCUGGCAAUUGAAUUCACUCUGAAGCCUGUGGACCUAAGCAGGCCUGAGGGCUCUGACAUAUACCAAAUCCCUGCCCAGGGGAGCAGGGGAGAUUAAAAACUUCUGAUUGAGGUGGAGAGGAAAGAAACAGAGAGAGAGAGAGGAGGGGAGAGACAGAGAGAAAAAGCUUAUCGUUCACCUUUGUUCUUCCUAAUGCCCCAAGUGAAGGAUCUCCAUAGGCAAGUCUGUGAAUAACAGAAGACACAAGAGCAGCUGCCCACCACUGUGGUCAGAUGAUGGAGUGAGGGAGUGAAAGAGGAAAAGAGAACAGGAUUACAUCCUGUGAAAGAGCCAAGCUCAUAUUCUACAUUAAUUGAAUGCCUGGGAGAGAGGAGAGACAUGAGAGGAAGCCUUUUCUGUGCCAGCUGCUUCAAGAGGUAUUGCAAUUAACCCUCUGGCCAUCAUAAAAUAAUACCUGGCUUCUGUUGUUUUCUGAUUGCUGGGUUUGGUUGUAUGGCGUGGAUGUGUGCUCGGACCGUGGUCAUGUUUCAACCCCCGGCGUGCAGACCGGAUCGGACCGGCUGUCGACGAAACAGCCUGAUUGUACCACUGCUGCUGCUGCUUCUUCUGUACAGCUCCCUUAAGGCGUCUCAGGCUGCCAAACCCAAAGGGCCGGGACACACACAUUUGAACUCUAUCCGCAUUGACGGGGAUAUCUCCUUAGGUGGGCUCUUCCCAGUACACGCCAGGGGCCACGAUGGCAAGCCAUGUGGGGAGCUGAAGAAGGAGAAGGGUAUACACAGACUGGAGGCCAUGCUCUUUGCCCUUGACCGCAUCAAUAAUGAUAAUAAUCUGCUGCCUAACAUCACACUGGGAGCACGAGUCCUGGACACCUGUUCCAGGGACACUCACGCCUUGGAGCAGUCACUCACCUUCGUGCAGGCUCUGAUUGAAAAGGACGGCACAGACGUCAAAUGUCUGGGCGGGGGAUCGCCAAUCAUCACCAAACCUGAGAGGGUGGUGGGCGUCAUUGGAGCCUCCUCCAGCUCCGUCUCCAUCAUGGUGGCCAACAUACUACGCCUGUUUAAGAUACCCCAGGUGAGCUACGCCUCCACAGCUCCAGAGCUCAGUGACAACACCCGCUACGACUUCUUCUCACGCGUGGUUCCUCCAGAUACCUACCAGGCCCAGGCCAUGGUGGACAUUGUAAAAGCCAUGCGCUGGAACUACGUCUCCACAGUGGCCUCUGAGGGGAACUACGGAGAAAGCGGCGUCGAUGCUUUCAUUCAGAAGUCUCGGGAGGAUGGGGGCGUGUGCAUCUCCCAGUCCGUCAAGAUUCCUCGGGAGCCCAAGCAGGGAGAGUUUGACAAGGUCAUUCGACGACUCAGAGAAAACCCAAACGCAAGAGUCGUCAUACUUUUUGCCAACGAAGAUGAUAUCAGGCGGCUACUCCAUGCGGCUAAAAAGGCCAACCAGACAGGUCAUUUCAUCUGGGUGGGUUCGGACAGCUGGGGCUCAAAGAUCUCUCCGGUUGUGCACCAGGAGGAGAUGGCAGAAGGAGCAGUCACCAUCCUGCCCAAGCGGCAGUCCAUCAAAGGGUUUGAUCGUUACUUCAUCAGCCGAACGCUGGAAAACAACAGAAGGAAUAUCUGGUUUGCUGAGUUCUGGGAGAACAACUUCAACUGCAAACUCAGCCGUCAUGCCGUGAAGAAAGGGUCUGGCCUCAAAAAGUGCACAAAUCAGGAGCGGAUAGGAAAGGACUCGAACUAUGAGCAAGAAGGAAAGGUGCAGUUUGUUAUUGAUGCAGUCUAUGCAAUGGCUCAUGCCCUGCACAAUAUGCACCAGGAGCUCUGCCCGGGGAAGGUGGGCCUCUGCGCUAAAAUGGAUCCCAUCAACGGCACUCAUCUGCUUAAGCACAUCCGCCGUCUAAACUUUGCAGGCAUAGCUGGCAACCCAGUCCUCUUCAAUGAAAAUGGAGAUGCCCCCGGACGCUAUGAGAUCUACCAAUACCAGAUCAGAAACCGAACGGCAGAAUACAAAAUAAUUGGCCAUUGGACAGAUCAACUCCAUCUCAACGUUCGUUCAAUGCAGUGGCCUGGCGGUGUCCGUCAGAUCCCUUCCUCAAUCUGCAGCCAGCCUUGUCAGCCUGGCGAGCGCAAGAAAAUCGUGAAGGGUAUCCCUUGCUGUUGGCACUGUGAGCGGUGUGAUGGCUAUCAGUACCAGGCAGACACCUACACGUGUAAGAUGUGUCGCUUUGAUUUGCGGCCCAAUGAGAAUCACACGGGCUGCGUUCCAAUCCCCAUUGUUAAACUGGAGUGGAGUUCUCCAUGGGCAGUCAUCCCUGUGCUUAUUGCAGUCGUUGGCAUCAUGGCCACUGUGUUUGUGGUGGUCACAUUCAUCCGCUACAACGACACUCCCAUUGUGAAAGCAUCAGGCCGAGAGCUGAGCUAUGUGCUGCUAACUGGCAUCUUCUUGUGUUAUGCCACAACAUUCCUGAUGAUUUCUACUCCUGAUGUAGGAAUUUGUUCCCUCCGGAGGAUCUUUUUGGGUCUGGGCAUGAGCAUUAGUUAUGCUGCCCUGCUCACCAAAACCAAUCGUAUUUAUCGCAUCUUUGAGCAGGGCUCCAUGUCUGUCAGUGCACCCAGGUUCAUUUCUCCAGCCUCCCAGCUAGUCAUCACAUUUACCCUGGCCUCAGUGCAGCUGCUCGGGGUGUGCAUCUGGUUUGGUGUGGAUCCCUCCAAGGCCAUUAUUGACUUUGAGGACCAGAGGACGUCUAACCCGACGAUGGCUCGUGGUGUGCUCAAGUGUGACAUCUCUGACCUGUCUCUGAUCUGCCUGCUGGGCUACAGCAUGCUGCUCAUGGUGACCUGUACAGUCUACGCCAUUAAAACCAGAGGCGUGCCGGAGACCUUCAAUGAGGCCAAACCCAUUGGUUUUACCAUGUACACCACCUGCAUUAUUUGGCUAGCAUUCAUCCCAAUCUUCUUUGGUACUUCACAGUCCACAGAAAAGAUGUACAUCCAAACAACCACUCUGACCAUCUCUGUGAGCUUGAGUGCCUCAGUGUCCCUCGGGUUACUCUACAUGCCGAAGGUCUACGUGGUUCUCUUCCACCCUGAGCAGAAUGUGCCCAAGCGCACACGCAGCCUCAAGGCCGUGGUUACCGCUGCCACCAUGUCCAACAAGUUCAACCCCAAGGCCGGACUCAGACCCAAUGGAGAAGCCAAAACCGAGCUGUGCGAAAGCCUCGAAACACAAACUUUCCCAACAAAGCAAACCUACAUCAGCUACAGCAACCAUGCAAUCUAAGGGACAAAGGUUCUCAUCACAAUUCAGGAUUUCCACCCAGAUGGAGAAAAAACAUGCAGUGGAAUUUCACACGGCUGGCAAAAAAAAUAAAAAUGGAUGCGUAAUUUUUUGGGUGGAGAUCACGGAAGCGUUGCCCAAAGACGUUACAUGGUGAGGAGAUACCACAGGGACGGACGAAACAGGGGACCAGAACAGAUAACAGUACAGUUGUAAGGUUCCAUCUUCUGUCUGCCUCACAAGAAUACAAACAAAAAAAGAAAAAUGAAAAAUACUUGCAUGGCAGAGGCCUGGAGAUUGAAGGAUGGAGCUUUCCUUUUGAGUGUUUACAUUUCAGCUAUGCCCUGUUUCAAAGACUUCUCUGUCAUUUUGAGCAACGCUGACUGGAACUGAACUAAAAUCAAGAAUAUGUUCAGGUGUUCUCAGUGUUGUCUGCCAGUUUUGCAAACUAUAAUUAAUCUUAAAACCCUCAAGGCAUCACAAGGGAUUAAUCAACACCAAAAAGGCAUGAAAACAUGGUCCAUGGAUUUCUAAGAGAGACUUGUGUUUGUUUUUAUUUCUAAAUGUAUUCCGGUCUCAUGAGUCAAAGAACUGGAAAUGGUGAUCAUCUCAACAAUGCAACAAAUCUGUCUCAGACUCCAUUUUUAUUUUCCUCUUCCAGGUUUCCACUGAGUUAAUAAGAAUGAGUAGACGUGUAAGAUGGUCUCUGCCGAUUUUGAGCAUGCCAGUUUCAACAUCCUGUGUUGUGUUGUUAAAAAAAAAUAAGAAAAAGAAAAAAUAUUAUAUUUGGAAUGCGUUUAAACUCUGUUGCAGCGUUGUUAACAAUUGUUUGGGCCCGAGCCUAUUGUGCGUUAAAAAAUGUUCUCAAAUGGUGAAGGUCUAGUGAGUGAUUAUUUAUCUGUGCUUAAGUGAGGCCAUGAUUUGUAUUACCAGCUAGCCUAAGGCUGCCACUGCCCUCCGCAUACCUGUAUGUGCUUUGAAACAGUGACUCGUGGCUAAAAUAAACAUUAUUUUAGCCAGGAGAUCUCACUGUCAUCCAGGAUGACCCCCCCAUUACUGCCACCAGCUAUUCUCUUGGUCACACAUAGUGUAAGGGUAAAGCUUAGCUGUACAGAUCCAUUAGGAGGGGAAUUAAGAUGAAGUAUGCCCUUGAGAAGAUUGUGCAAUAUACCCUAAAGGUGAUAUCCAUAAUGGACCAGCUACUGAGAAAAUUCAUUACUAUACAUGUCCUCCUCAGGCACUCUCAUGAUAAGAAGGAGGUGUCAGAAAGUUGUAAGGCUUUUCAACAAAUGAAAAUCUAAUUGCAAAAGUAUACAAUAUCUCUAUCAAUCACCCAGAGCUCGUGGAACAGAUUAAUAGUUGGCUUCGUGCAGUAUAAAAGCCCUCUAAUGUCUUUGGGAAAAACAUUGUGGGGUCAUUUGUGUUGUGAAUUCAAUGCUGCUUUUCAUGCCUCCCUCUGUAUUACUUUCAACACCAUUUGUGUUGCAGAAUAAAAUGUGAGUGCUGACCAAAUUAAAUGGCAAGUUAAUGUAUGUUAUUAAAUAGAUUGAUGAUGUCUGCUUUAUGUCCUGACAUAUCCUAAAAUUGGGGAAAAUGUACAAAAAGAAACAGUGCCUGGCUAUCUGACUAUGUAUUUGUAAAACCUCAUGAAAACUAAUGAGAUGUGUGAAGCAUGUUUAGUUUUUUUUAUACAAAAUUUUAUUUCUAUUAAAAAUGUUUUCAAACUUCAA